UUUUAAUCAAUAAACAUGAUUGCCAGCCACAAGCUCUUCGACGAUACAGUCAUUUGUGGAAGUGAUUAUUGUGAAGUAAAAUUUAAUUUCUUUAUUUCAGAUUUUUGCGAAUUAAACUUAUUAAAUUUUAACUGCAAUGUCUGAUGACGGUUCUACAACUGUGGAGAAGAAAGGACGCGGUAGGCCGAAGUCAAAUGGAACACAAUCUGAAGCUAAAGGAGAUUCUAAAAAAAGAGGAAGACCAGCAGUGCCUGCUAAAACUAAAGAAUCUGCAAAGUCAUCUGAUGAUGAACAAGCGCCGGUAGCGAAAAGAGGGCGAGGCCGGCCUAAAGGCUCUAAGAAAAAGACCGCUGCUAAAGGAAAGAGUGCACCAGUUGAAGGACGGGGUCGUGGCAGACCACGUAAGGAUGCUGCUCCUCCCAAGAAAGAUGCUGCCUCAACUGAAGAGGAACAAGAGGACGAUGAGGAGGAAGAGGGGUCUGACCAGUAAAACCGUGUAUAAUUUCUGACACAUUACAUACACACCUUAGUGUAAUUUGUUUGUCAUGAUAACUCUUGUUGUUUUAAUUAUCUCCAAAAUAUAAAUUCAUUUGUUAUAGAUGUUUAUGUUAUUGUAAAAAUUGGCAUCUUAAGCAAUUUAAGUAAGGAUAAUGGCAUACGGGGUUAUCUUGGCACUACAAAAUUCUCUAACAAGAUAGUCUAUCCAAACUUUAAUCAUGUAAGAAUUUGACAAGAUUUAAAACAAAGUUAGUUAUUUAAGAAUAAAUGAAUCUGUCUGAUUUAUAAUUUUUUCAUGUUUUGUUAUGAAACAUGUCUUGCAUGAAUAAAUGUUGGUCUGACUUGGCUCUCCUUAGACUCAUACAACUUUAAUUUGUAAGAUUCUUUUUGUAGACAUAUAGAUAACUUACUUGUAAUCUCUGGAUUUAUUAUAAGGAAAUAAUUCAUACAAUUAGAUUUACAAAUUUGACAUAGGUCGAGUAUUAUUUUUCUUUAUUUUUAAUAAAUAUUUUCAUUUUGAUUAAUUAUGUUAUUUUCCCUUAGCCGAGAGUGUAAACUAAAGGAACAGAAAUUUCAUAAAUUAUUAAAAUCAAUAAUGUAUUUUUGAAAAAAAGUGAAAUUGAGAAAAAAUAUUAAGAACUGUACCCAAACAAAUAUCAUAUAGUAGUAUGGUGGUAGUGCCAUUUUGUAUUUUUUAUUUGUAUUGGAGCAGACUGAAAAGAAUGUUUAAUGACAUUUACUGUGUGUAUGUGCGUGAAUGUACAAUUUUAGAAAAUAUAAAUAAAUCUAUGAACUUCUGAUUUGUUCU